AUGUCGCGAUCCAUCGAGCUGGGGCGCGCAGUACUGCAUGCACCCACUGCACAUCACGAGCUUUGGCUCACAACAUUGAUCACAAUCUCACCAAAACAGGACUCACCUUACCUUGCACAGCUCACAUCAGUUCAGUGUCUUGAAGCCCUUGCAUCUGGACUACUAUGGGUUGAUCGUGGAUAUGACAUGCAUGUAGAUUUGGAAUUGACGAUGAACAACGAGGCGCUGCUCCACGAGGAGCUCCGGACCCUCACGAAUGCUAUUCUCCAGGCUCCAGUAUGGCAGCAAUUAAUGUUAAGACCGAGACUUCCCAACAAUUCCAUAACAAACUCGGGAACGAUUCGACUCAAUGUCAGCCACGCUACUGUCGCUAGAAAGGAGGUAGGACAAAAGCAUCACAGGCUGUUUUCAGAUGUCCCAGCUACAGAUAUUGGGCCACCAGAAGGUGUUCUCUCCGUGCCACUUCAGUCGGUUCGCCUCUGCCUGGACAUUCUAGAGACAGGUCCGCGCCGGAAGCUUGUAGUGCCGCGGUCGAAUUCCUCUUCGGAUGAGCGCAUUAAAGCCGAAGAUAAGACUAUGAUGCUUUUUGAUACAGACUCGACUGGAAACGCAUCGAGUCAUGAUGUACCAAAAUCGGUUCCGUUUGAUGCUAGCAGGAAAAGAAAACGAUCUGUCACUAGCAUGUCACUGACGCCUCUGGAAUCUCCCGGCCGACACGCUGACAGUGGAGAAAGAGAUACGCGGGUAGAUCUAUGUUUCCACUCACCGCAGAGUCUUUCCUCGAUGCAAUUUCAAGCUGACGUGCGAACCAUGGUCGAUAGCGCACUACGUCUCUCCAUACGUGGUAUAAUCUCCAAAUAUCCAAAUGGUUUAAAAGCAAAAGCAAAUACAUUCCGUCUGGGAUUGGCUGAUGUAGCCCCUGCGUUAUGGAGAAGCGGAUACAUGGAUGCUUUGUCUCAGAGAGCCCAAUUAAUGCCCACAAUUGCUCAAUCACUUGCUCAAACAUGCUUUGCAAGAACAAUGUCUAUCUCGCUGAAGUCCAAGAUGGAGAUCAUCAGCAACCCUACUUGUGCGGGUGGGCGAGAUAAAGCCUAUGAGACAGGAUACGCCAUUGAGUCUAACACUGCUCGUAUCACGCGUCACGUCGCAAGUAAUUUAUGGGUGCAUUCACAAAAAAGUCUACUUCGCGACCCUACACCGCCGACAUUACCUUGUAUUGGCUCCCCUUCAGACGAGGUCUACUCGGACUCGGAUGAUAUGUUAGUGGGGAAAGACGUCGAAUGGAAAGAAGACGUAUAUGCAGUACACGAUGAAGACAUGGCUCUCAAUAACUCGAGGGAAAGUACUGAUGAUGGGUUUUUACUGCCUUCCACACCGCGAACAAUGACUGGUGACAAUUACCAAGUCCAAACCCAACAACAAAUCUUCACCAAACUCAUCCCAAAUCAUGGUAUUACCCAGCUGGAAGAAGAGCUGUUGUUUGAUCCACUAUCCUACUAAGCGUCCUCAGGUCUAUACUCCGGUUGCAACGGCAGAUCUGAAUGAUCAUGUUUACGAACUCACAACUUAUUCUCGGAUGCAUUGGCCCGGAUUUCCAUGCCACGUCCGCCUGGUGAAGCUUUCAAGAACUGUUUAUGCAUCAUCUGUGGUGGUUGAUGCAGGGUCUUUGCGUGGGCAUGAAAAGAAAAGACCCAGC